ACGCGGGACGAACUAGGACUUAAAUACGCUGGCACCAUGACGCUGAGGCUCUUGGAAGACUGGUGCAGGGGGAUGGACAUGAACCCUCGGAAGGCACUAUUGGUUGCUGGCAUCCUCCCGACCUGCGGAGUGGCAGACAUCGAGGAGGCCCUGCAGGCUGGCCUGGCUCCCCUGGGGGAGCACAGACUGCUUGGGAGGAUGUUCAGGAGGGAUGAGAACAAGAAUGUAGCCUUGGUGGGGCUUACAGUAGAGACUAGCAGUGCUCUGGUUCCCAAGGAGAUACCUGGAAAGGGGGGUGUCUGGAGAGUGAUCUUUAAGCCUCCUGAUGCUGAUAAUGAGUUUUUAUGCAGAUUAAAUGAGUUUUUAAAGGGGGAGGGCAUUACGAUGGGUGAAUUGACCAGAGUUCUUGGGAAUCGAAAUGGCCCUCUCAGACUAGGCCAGGGCAUGAUCCCUGAAAUUCGAGCCCCCAUGUUGGCACAGGCAUUAGAUGAGGCUCUUAAGCCUACCCUGCAGUAUCUGAGGUACAAAAAGCUUAGUGUAUUUUCAGGCAGGGAUCCUCCAGGACCAGGAGAAGAAGAAUUUGAAUCUUGGAUGUUUCAUACUUCUCAGGUAAUGAAAACAUGGCAGGUGUCUGAUGUAGAGAAAAGAAGGCGGUUGAUAGAGAGCCUAAGAGGCCCAGCGUUUGAAAUUAUUCAUGUUCUCAAGAUAAACAAUCCUUUCAUUACAGUUGCAGAAUGCCUGAAGACCCUUGAGACAAUAUUUGGGAUUAUUGAUAAUCCUAGGGCAUUGCAAGUCAAAUACCUUACUACUUACCAGAAGGAUGGUGAAAAGCUGUCUGCGUAUGUUCUAAGGUUAGAGCCUUUAUUACAAAAAUUGGUACAGAAAGGAGCAAUUGAGAAAGAAGUUGUGAAUCAGGCCCGCCUAGACCAGGUCGUUGCUGGAGCAGUCCACAAGACAGUUCGAAGAGAACUUGGACUGCCAGAGGGUGGCCCAGCCCCAAGUUUACUUCAGUUACUUGCACUGAUAAAUGACAAGGAGGCAGCAGAGGAGGAGGAAGAGGUCCUUCGUCAGGCCGAAUUAGAAGGGUAUUUCACUUGACCCAAGACUGGCAAGGAUGUCAUGAUGAGCAGAACAUGAUGGAAGAAUUCAUAUCAGUGAUCAGCCCAUUCCCACUUGUGCUGCCAAAGUAGCUUACCCUUUGUUGUGUUCACCUUAUUGAAUGUCUCCCUAAUGUAUUACUGACAUGAACAAUGUCAUUCUACACUGAUAAUUAAAUCAAAAGAUGAGUCAUUCUACUAGUGCAGUGUCCUAGGAGGCAAACAAAUUCACUUGCACGUGUAAUAGUCUUAUGUGACCAUAUUAUUGGUAAUUGAUAGUUUUCAAGUGUUGCCCACAUUUAUGGUGAAGACCCUGAGCCAAGGCUGGCUAAGAUAGUCAGGGUAUAUAUAUCAGUUAUUGAUUCUGUGCGAUCAAAAAGCACAAUUGAAUGCUGAGGUUAAGUCUACAACAGCUAUCUUUAGGUUUAUGAUGUAUCUGAUGUGUUGUCAAAGUGUCUGGUUCUAAAUAUCAUUUUCUUGAUGUUAUAAUAUUGAAUAAAUAAAGAAAUGCUAGUAAUAAAA